AUGUCCUCUAAUCAUGCAUCUCUCGAUGCUGCCGCAACAGAUCGAAAAGCACGUCUCGCGAAAUUAGCAGCGCUGAAACGGAAGCAGCCGGAACCCGAGACAUCUGGAGAAGCCGCUGAGCAGGUUAAGGAACCCCAGAAUAACAAUUUGAAUGAUGUUACGAAGAAGUACCUUUCCGGGCGGAAUUAUGACGCAGAAACGCGUGGAGCGAAAUUGGGGUUUGACCAGACUCCGACGGAAGGACAAAUCACACUAGAGUUGCAGGCGAAGGAGAUUGCCAGGGAGGUUGCUGAGCAAGCCAAAAAGGACGAAGACGCAGACCAGCCUAUCGACCUUUUCAAAUUGCAGCCUAAAAAACCUAACUGGGAUUUGAAGCGGGACCUGGACGAAAAGAUGAAAAUCUUGAAUCGCAUAGAGGAAGCGCAACGCACCGCCAAGGCGAAAGGUGCCGGUGCCAACGAAGACAAACAGGGAGAAGAAGUUGGUAUCGAGGGUGAGAUGCUUGUCGAAGGCAUCCAUGUUCGUGAACGUCAGGAGGCAGAUGAGGAUGAUGACUUGGCAUGA